UGGCGGAAAUAACAACAGUAAUCAGGAACUUUUGAUGAACCCAGAUGGGAACUGCCAUGAACGAGACCUUGAGUUGGGUUCAAGCAAAGACUUUUUGCUAAAAGCAUUUGGGGAAGAAGGUGUGGAGGCAGAGCUCAUGAGACUUCAUAACCUCGCUGGCCCGCCAAGGUUCCUGUUCACAAUCAAGGAGGAGACGAAUGAGGAUUUAGAAUCUGAUGAUGGGAAAUCCAGAGGUGAAAGGUCAACCACCAGAAGCUUGAGUGACCUAGUGAUGGCGGUUGAUUCUCCUUUCCUUACCCCUCUAGCUUCUCCUCACUUAAAGUCUCCACCUUUGAACAGUUUAGAUACUUUUCAUCUCCAUGGAUUGUUCAAUCCGCUCUUUGAAUCGUCUGGAGAUGGAGAUAGUUUCAGUAGGUUUAGAUCAUCACCUCCUCCAAAGUUUAAGUUCUUGAGAGAUGCAGAGGAGAAGCUGCUGAGAAGAUUAGCGGAGGAAGCGGAGAAGAAGAGGUCUAGUAAUGGAGGUAGGUUAGUUCAAGACUCUGGUAAUAAAGCUUCGAAUGAUUCAACAAUGGCGGUGGAAGAAAUGGAUGGUUCUUUUCUGAAAUUCAUUGUGAAAAAUAACAGAGAAAAAGAUCACAAUCGUCAUCAAAACUUACCACAGUUUCCUUCAUGUUCUUCACAGGUACUGCCAUUGGCUUCUUCACCUACAACUUUCAGACCAUUAAACCAGAAACCCUCUGUGCAUUAGUUUUUUUUUUUUUUUUUUUUUUUUUUU